GAGACUGGAGAAAGAGAGACGGAAGAAAGAGAGAGACGGAGGACGGGAAAGCAGAAGAGAGGAGGGAAUAGUAAAGAAUUCAGGAAUAGCCUUUUUUUUUUGUCUACGUAAGGUUAGGUUUUCCGUAGAUGAAGGAAAAGUCAGCCGCUUUUACGUUGCAACAACACGAGGACAGAGGAGAGACGGCACGGAAGAUAUUCUCUUUGUACUUAAAAUAAGUGUAGUACUGCUGGUUUGUAGGCUAUCCUAAACCUUUAUACGCUGUAUUCUAAUACUGUAAAUAACCAAUUAUAUAGCCUUUAAAAAAAAAAUAUAUGUAUUUUUAGGUCAAUUUGGAAACCACGAAGUGAACCAAAUGCCGUGCUCUUUUUUUGCAAGAAGGGAACAAUAGCAGUAAUAUACUUGAAUUUUCUAGCUUCUCCUUAUGAGAAUCACGGCUGUUUAGCAACCACCAACACCGCGACGAACAAUACAAAACAACGCGUCUGAAAUUCGCACUACCACCAGAACUUUCAGGAUUUUCUUCAGCGGACCGACCAUGGCUGCGGUUACCAGCCCAGAGACGAGCCCUCAACCCCGUGUAUAUUUCCAGACGGUAGCCGCCGGUUCAACCGAAGAACCGGAGAUACCUGUUCGGAAGCAAGGGCGAGUAACCGUCAAAUAUGACCGGAAAGAACUAAGAAAGAGACUAAAUCUGGAGGAAUGGAUAAUCGACCAGCUAACGGUUCUUUACAACUGUGAGGAGGAGGCCAUACCAGAGUUGGAGAUAGAUGUGGACGAGCUGCUGGACAUGCCUAGUGAUGACGACAGAGGAGCCAGAGUUAAAGAUCUCCUGGUAGACUGUUACAAACCCACCGAGGACUUUGUGUCUGAUCUACUGGAUAAGAUACGUGGCAUGCAGAAACUCACCACCCCCCAGAAGAAAUAACCUCAACCCUGAGUCACCCCUCCUCCUGCCUCCCGCCUCCCUCACUCACUCCAACCUCACCCCACAGAAGAAAUAGGAGCUUGGCUUCCUCAGAGAUGGAGGAGGAAGAGGGAGGAGGAGAGGAGAGAAGGAGCAGAGGAGUAAGAUAGGUGAUUGAAGCAGCCAAUCAGAUCUAAGCAGGGUGUAUGAUGUCAUGUCCUGUGAUUUUUAUUUUAAUGUUUUAUUUAGUUUACAUUUAUUUAGAUUACAUUUUUUAAAGGGGUUUGUAUUGUUGUUAAAUGAUCAAACGAUCGGUCAUAUUUCUCAUGUUAAUGUGUGAACAUAGCAUACUAUAAUGUAGCUGUAAACCAAGCCCGGGAUAUAUUCUGAGUUUUAGUACCUAAACCCAGGAUAUAUUCUGAGUUUUAGAAGGAGUCCCAAAAUGGCAUGUUAUUUAUUACCUUCUAUAGUCCAUUACAUUGGACCAGGGCUCUGGUCCAAAGUAGUGGACUAGGUUUAAAGGGUGCCAUUUGGUGAUGGGAGCGGCUCCUAUGUAUAGUACAGUGUAUAUGUAGCUGUGUGUGUAGUCUCGACCACAGUGAAAACACACACCGGGGGACUUGACAAAGUGACCUUUUCUCUCUCUCUCUUUAGUUCUGUCUCUUUAUCACUGUUUAUUGUUCUGUCAGAUAUUUCAUGUUCCAUAAUGUGCAGGUAAGGCCUUUGUCAGUGAGGACUCUUGUUGAGAGAUUUCAGGAGACGAGUAAACCAAUGAGGGAGGAGGGAGGGACGGAGGGGGCACUGGGUAGUGGAAAAUGUGUCGAUGUGUUCAUCCAAAUAGCCACACACACACACACACACACACACACACACACACACACACACACACACUCAGGGAACAGCAGAAACACAGACCACAGCUGCUGCUCCUUCAUACUCACACACAGAUGUGAACACUGGUACACACACACAUAAACACACACUGGCGCUCUCUCGUCAACACACACACGGGAAGGAGGGGUGGGUAUAAUCAUUGAGAGAGGGAUAAAUGGAGAGAUUCAGAGGUCUUACUCUUCCUGGCUUGGCUGCCUCACAAGGCCUUAGUGUUGCCAAUCAUGCAGCUCUCUCACUCACCCCAUGUCUCUCUGGCCCUCACUCCUUCCUCUGUCUCCUUCCCUUUCUACUUUAGCAAUCUACAGAUGACUCCAUCCCUCACUCCUUCCUCUGUCUCCUUCCCUUUCUACUUCUAGCAAUCUACAGAUGACUUCAUCCCUCACUCCUUCCUCUGUCUCCUUCCCUCUCACUCCCUCUCUCCUUCCCACCCUCCAUCCCUCUCUCCUUCCCUCUCACUCCCUCUCUCCUUCCCA